GAUGGCGGCUCGGUACACCGCUUGUUGACCUUCCAAAUAUCAUCAGGCAUCAGGCGCAUGCGCCUUGGGUAGGGAAAAAACGGCGGCGUGGAAUGACCGUGCUGCUCCCAUUCGGGUGGCUGAUCGCGGCGCCGACGCCGACCCAGCGCUUUCAGCGCGACUUUUUGUGGCGUUACCCGAUGUGCGAAAACGGGUUGUGGGGUCAGCAGAGCCGGGAGCAGCCAGCGAGACGGAGCCGCUGCUUCGCAGGAGCAAUGUGGCACAAAUUCCAGUGAUGGGAAGAGGCUGGAAGAAGCUGUAUUUUACACAGUGGAGGCUGUGGAUUAUGCACCAGAGAAGGAGCUGCUGAACAUUAAAGGCAUCAGUGAAAAGUGAAACCAAAGAUGACAAAAUCCCGGUUAAGAUGUUCUAGAACUUUAACCCAAGAUAUUCCACAGAUUGAUCUCUGCUGGCUGAAAGUGUUGUGGUGAAUUUGGAAGGUCUCCAAAGGGCAGUAAAUGUGAUUGGAGUUCUGACAUGACUUUUGAUGGGAAAAGUGCACCAGGACAGGACUGAAGUGGAGGGUAUUUCCAUAAAACACACAAAAGGGAUGUCGGAGCUUUUUCUUGGAGCAGAAUUUCAGUUCUGUGCAGAGGUAUCAGCUCGUGCAAGGUCUGUGAAAUGUGCAUGGAAUGAUACAUGAGGCAGGAAAUAUUAAUUACUGGGGGUUAAUGAAUGGCAUGAGCUCUUCUGGCACUGCUCAGUUGGGUUUUCCCUCAGGCUGAGGCAGCCAAACUGUUCCCAUGGGCUUUAGCAGGGCCACAGAAUUCCACCAGCAAUGGCCAGAGAUCAUCCAGAUCACCACUCGCUCCAAAGAGCUGGACAAGCUGCUUCAAGGAGAAAUAGAAGCAGGAUCCAUAAUGGAGUUCUUUGGGGAAUUCCAUACUGGGAAGAAGCAGCUGUGUCCCAGCCUGGCAGUCACUGGUCAAGCUCCCUACAGACUGUGGGGGCAGCGAGGGAAAAGCCACAUCCACGGGCACAGAGCAGCUUCCAUCCAGAGCAGUUCCUGGCUGUGGCUGAAAGGAAUGGCCUCUGCCAGGGCUUUAACAGCGACCGCCAGGCGCAGCUGCUGGAUCAGGCUAAAGACUGAGAACUCCUUUUCUUGCCCUGCAUCCCCAGGGAUGCUCCGUGUCCCUAAGAGGCUCCUUUCCUGCUGGCACCGCAGGGAUGCUCCCCGAGGCAGAGGGUGGAGGAAGCCGUGGCUGUCAGCGUGGGAAUUUCGUGGCAAUUUCGGGACAGCCGAGCACAGCCAGAGCUUUGGGAAGAGCUCUCCCUCGGGGCUGCAGCACAGCUGAGCUCCAUGUGCUUCCUGGGCAGCGUUCCCAUGGGACCAUACCCCGCGCGUUUCCCUGGAUCCCGCCGUGGGCGCCGUGCAGAGGAAUCUCGGUGGCCACAGCUGGGAACUCGGUGAAUUGGAAGCAAAGCUGAAGGGUUUGUCCAUGGAGAGAAUGGUGAUUUAUAAACCAAAGCAGAGUGGCAUUCCACACCAGGGAUUUGGGAUUUGGGAUGGUCCCAGUCCAUAAUCUUUCUGUUCAUUUUCUUUUGGAUGCUGCAGCAUCCUGGGGGAUGCUGUUCCUUUCCAUUUCCAUCUAAU